GUUAGUGACAGGCUAUGAACACGUUUAACAUUCGGAAAAAAAAAGAUAAAUCAGUUGAUUAAUUAAUUGAUUAAUUUGAUAAAAAUAAAAUAAUCUUCAAACAGCGUCUUUGUUAUAAUACGUGUUGAAAUUUAAAACAAAAGCGAAAUAAAGUCGAGUUUUGAAAUAGCAAAAAGUGUAUUAAAGAAUUUGUUGUAAUUUUUGUCUCUAUUAAAGUAGAACUGAAUACAAAAUAAACUUUCAUCGUACUGCAAAAGGAAGAAGAUAAAACAGUUUUUAUUGGAUAUUUUCAUACUGAAAUCAGUGAGACGGACAUCGGUAGGUGGGAAAGUCGCACAUACCAAGCUGGUAUUAAAAUACAACUGUAUAACUUUAUACACAUGCAUUUUGAACAUACUGAUACAUGUCAGUGUUAUAGUUUUCGAUAUUAGAAAAAUGCCGUUUUCGUGAUCUGGAUUUAUAAACAUGCGUUUAUAGCGGCUGAUCAUGCUAGUAUCAUAGUUUCGAUAUAAGAAAAAUAAUCGUUUUCGUGAACUGUGGAUAAUUCAACAUUUUCUCUGUAAUUGUGUUUAUUUCGUCAGCGAUUAAGCCGAAGACAGGCUGUGAAACGUUAAUGAUCAAUGUUAUAGACUAUAUCGUAAUGGAAGACACAAGAUAAUGAAAAGUAUGCACGGAAAAGUAGAUGAAAAUAUUUUAUCAAUGAUUGUGGAUUUAAGAUAAACCCGAGUUUUGCCAGAGUGGCUAUAUACCAUCGAUGUUGCGAAUGGGGUGAUAGCGUGUAUGAAAAAGCGAAAACAAUAAUGUUACGUUGUUUAAAAUAAUUAAUAAUUUUAGUUUUAAAAUAGAAAGAAAUACUAAUCAAUGGAUUUAUGGACUAAAAACAUCAAAGGAAAUAUAUCAAUAAAAAAUUGUAAUAUUAUGUAAACAUAUCCAGGUGGAAUUUUGGAAUAUCAUGUGAAAUGUGACAAGUUCAAUGUAAAAUAGUUCAAUUCUGUAGGAUUUAUAGAUAGUUUAAUGGUCAUAUUCACUUGGUAGUUACCCUGGAAUUUAACACAUAGAGGCAUAGAAGAGAGAAAUACGUUUUAGACGAAAAUGCCGUGAAGUAUAGUUUCAUGUUUCUGGAUUUAUAACGUUUUGGAAUAUACUAAAAAUGUGAUAGUAGAAAGGAAAAUAAUAUAUAUUUUUAAAAUGUGAUUUUUCUGUGUAGAGAAUGAAACCGAAUUAUUUCAUGGAAUACAAGUGCGUUUUUGUGAAUGGAUAGGCGGUUAGCGAAAUUCGAAUAAUGGGGUUACCAAUGCGCGGUGCACGGAUAUGCGUAUUAUUCCUUGUUUGUAUGUGCCCGGCGUUCAUCAGAGCGGGGUUGGUCGUACGGACAAACGCUUUAACUGUAAAAGUGGGACGCACAGUUUACCUUAAUACAGAUGAUAUUGUGAUAAAGAAUAUGAAACGGAAAGAUGAAGUAUGUCGGAUAGAGGUUGUACAGAAUGAUCCAAUUACGCAACGUGUAGGAAAACUGGAACCAAAGAUUUUUGACUGUUCCUACCAAGCAAAUACGGUCAAAUAUAUCCACGAUGGCUCUCCGUUCUUGAGCGAAGAUAGGAUCAAACUUCGUGUUCAUAGAUUUACCAACCGAAAGACUGUAACAGAAACAUUCUACCUCGGUGUCAAGGUCAGCAAUGCUUCAACAGAAAUUGUAGUGACACGUGGUUUACGUCACGUGAUAGUCCCAGAAUUCAAUGGAAUCUCUAACACUAUAGACGCUUCAGUGCUGCGAUUUUAUCGCAGUAGGACUCCGAAUGUUUCAUGUACUGUAAGUUUUGACAAUAGUAAACAUUGGCCAUUGGUAGGACAUAUCAUUAUGGGUGACCGAAGAACACCGAUUGAAACAAUUAAAACGAGCUGUCAAGAGUUUCUAUUUAUGGAACUGCGCUACGAACAUCUACAAAAACCUACGCCAGAUGUAGAUUAUUUCCCUUUGAAUAUCGAACUACAUGAUCCGGAAAAUAGUGAUGAAUUAAAAACCGAACGUUUCUUUCUUCCAAUAUAUAUUAAAAACGCUUUACUGAACUCUCCGCCUCGGUCAUCAUAUAAAAGCAUGUACAUGAUGGAUGUAGACCAGUUUGUACUUUCUACCAUCAUACCCGGAAUUAUCUCAGCCGAGGACUACGAAACACCUGACCACUCACUCGUGUAUAACAUUUCCAAACCAUCCAGACCAAAUCAAGGAUAUUUUGUUCAUUUAGAUGACCAAACUACUGAAAUUAGUUCUUUCCUUCAAGAUGAUCUUGAAAACCACCUGAUAGCAUAUCAGCCACCUAACACCAGCUUUUCCGAAAGAAAAAUAUACGAGGUAGAACUCAAAGUGUACGACAGUCAUUUUGCAGAGAGUAUGCCAAUAGUCCUACACAUUGCAGUUCGUCCGUCGUCUUCUAAUGCUCCACGCGUGUCAUGUAAUACCGGCUUAGUUCUUCUAGAAGGACAGUCAAGAGAAAUAAACUCUAAUAACUUACAGAUAGUUGACAAUAAUAAUCCAAAUGAUAUACGGGUAUAUAUCACUGACGGUCUUAAACACGGCCAGCUAGUUCUGAACAAUGAGGCCAUUACUUUCUUCACAAUCUCUGAUCUCGUUCAGGGGAAUGUCAGAUACGUUCAUGAUGAUAGUGAAUCGGAAAGAGAUUUCAUAAAAUUGAAGAUAAGCGAUGGUGCAAAACAUACUGUGGUAAAAUUCCCUAUUACAAUAAUUCCAAAAGACGACAGUCCACCUUAUAUUGUAAACAAUCUAGGUAUAGAGUUAAAUGAGGGACAAACAAAACGUAUAGACCCGUCAAAUCUCCUUGCACAUGACCCUGACUCUAUCGAUAUGACAAUAACGUACGUUAUUGCACAACCAACAGCUGCUGGUGAAAUGAUCAGAAAAACACGGGCGUCUGAUUCCGGAACACGUGUUAACAGGUUCACACAAAGGGAAUUACAGAAGGGACAAAUUUACUACAGACAUUUUGGACGUGAGGAUUUUCACGAUGAAUUCUUAUUCACACUUCGCGACCAGCAAGACCCACCGAACGAAUCUAUACUCGAAACAUUUUACAUUGCUAUUAAUCCUGUUAACGAGAACCCACCACAACUAUCACCGGAAGCUACCCGCUUAAUGAGAGUUUCCGAAACCGAUAUCGCCUUAAUAACUAAAUCUGAACUCGAAUACACGGAUAAAGAAACAGGGUCAGAUAGGCUAACGUAUAUCAUUACGGUACCUCCGUAUUUUGUGUACAGUAAUAGAAGAAAUAGACGAGAGGAUGCUGGAAGAAUUAUAGCCUUGCAUAAUUUGACAAUGCUCAGCAAGAACAAAAACAUUUCUCCGGUUGCUACUUUCAAACAGGAAGAUAUUAACUAUCUAAAAAUUGGAUAUAUGCCGCCUAUGAAAGACAUAGGUCCAGAACCCCGUCUUGUACGCUUUGUAUAUACAGUACAAGACGCCAGUGGUAAUAAAGUACUUGGACAACAGUUUGAUAUCGAUAUUCAACCAGUUAACGACAAAGCUCCUGAAUUCCAGUCUUCAAAAAUGCUUGUUGAAGAAGGUGGAAUACUUGGAAUCUCAACCAACCAUAUUUUUGCAGUUGACGUCGACACAAACGAGGCAGACUUAACAUUCAUAUUGGAAGAUCUACCUAACCACGGACGUCUUCAAAAGGGAGGCAAUAACCUAUUGGAAAAAGAUACAUUUAGCAUGUUAGACCUGCGAAAAAAGGAUUUAAGGUAUAUCCACGAUGGCUCUGAAGUUACGAGUGACACCUUCACUCUGUCAUUGACAGAUGGUGCAAACAGGGUAUCCAAGGUGUUCCAGGUAGAAAUAGUACCUAUAGAUGAUGUGGCUCCAAAGUUGAAGGAGAACUUGAAGCCGCACCUGAUUGUGUCUGAAGGGAGUGAAGCCGUUAUUAACUCCAAUGUUCUAUCUGCCACGGACGAGGAUACAGAUGAAGGGAUGCUUGUGUUCCUUAUUGUAAAACAGCCAAAGUAUGGAAUAAUGCAACUAAAUGGUGAACCAGUGACAAAAUUUACUCAGCAAGAUGUCAAGGAAGGCAGUGUCCAUUACAUUCACAGUAGUGGUGAGAUUGGAUCCCAGAUAAUAAGAGAUUCCGUCGCUUUUAUUGUCUCAGAUCAGCAUUACAAGGCCUCUGCAGAUCUACCAAUGUACAAUCUGAAUAUCACAAUAACACCUGUUGAUAACCAAAAACCUAUCAUUAUAGCAGGUAUGCCCAUUGUUGUGGAGGAGGGCAUGAAGUUCAACUUGUCUCCAGAUUAUAUCACAGCCAAGGAUCCAGACACCGAACCCGAGUCUAUACAGUUUGUUAUCACAAGCCAACCACAAUACGGUUAUCUAGAAAAUAUCAAACCCAAUCCUGGAUCGGAGAAAAGUAAUGCAGGAAACCCAGUUUUGACAUUCAAACUACAAGAUGUUAUCGAUAAAUCAAUAAAUUAUGUACAAGCUACACACAAAGGUGUAGAACCUACUACUGAUCGUUUUGAGUUUUAUGCAACCGAUGGUAAAUUGAAUUCUUUUAGCCACACUGCUUCUAUAACGAUCCGCCCAACUAAUGACGAAGAACCAGAUGUUAUGCUAAAUGAUUUCAGUGUACCUGAGGGCGGUAGUAAAAUUAUAGACCGGUCCAUGGUUGAUGCAAUCGAUAUGGAUAAGCCAAAAGAAAAGAUAAUGUUGUCGAUUUCACAACCUCCAGAGCAUGGAGAUAUUGUCGUAAUGCUUCAUACGCCUAAUGGGGACAUCCAAGCCGCAGUUAGUAUGUUCUCAGCAGAUGAACUUCACCAAGGAAUGAAACUGAAGUACAUACAUGACGAUUCAGAACAUUAUACAGAUAAAUUUGCUAUAACUGUGUCUGAUGGUAAACACGAAGUCAAGAAAGUAUGCAAUGUAACUGUUGAACCAAUAAAUGACGAAAUACCCGAAAUUAUCAAAAACGCUGGUCUUCAUAUGGAUUAUGGUGAACAAUCUGUAUUGUCUAGUGUGGUACUUCAAUCUGUAGACAUAGACAAUACUGACGAUCAGGUGUACUACAUAAUAGUGACGGUUCCAAAGAAAGGUGUUCUUCAAUUUUGCAGUGAUUCAAACGAACCCAUGUUUUCUGAAAAAUGUCGAGACAUUUGGGUAGGCCAUAACUUUACACAACGGGAUAUCAACAACAAUCGUGUCCGAUAUCUUCAUACGACUGGUAUGAGUGGAUCAGAAUUCGAUAACUUUAUGUUCAUUCUAACGGACGGACAAAACAAACGCCAUGCGGAAACGUUCCAGAUAAAAAUAUUGAAUUCUAAGAGAGCAAAUAUUGCUUUAAUUAACAAUGGACUGGAUGUACAAGAAGGUGAAAGAGCUGUAAUCUCAACAGUUAGUUUAAGUGCAUCAGAUGAAAGCACAAGGGCAGAAGAAAUUGUAUUUGCUGUGAUUAGACCGCCAAAUUUAGGUCAGCUUGAAUACAUAGAUAGAAAUUUAAUUGGAAUCAGUAGCUUUACGCAAAUGGAUUUGGCGUCUGGUAAAUUAGUAUACAACCAUUUGACAAAAACAGACUUUACAGACGAUUCCUUCACAUUUACUGUAACUAAUGGAAUGAGUGACACAAAAGAUUCAGAAUUUCAUAUUCGCAUUGAACCAAUAGAUAAAGAGUUACCAUCACUCAUUAAUAAUGAACUUAUCGAAGUGUUGCAAGGUGCUGAGAUUCCUAUAACAUCGAACAAACUCAAAGCUGAUGAUCCGGACACUGACAGUAGCAAUGUCACAUACCUAAUUGAUAAACAACCGACAUUUGGAAGGUUAUAUAACCGCGGUGUAUACAUUACAAGUCUGUUUACUCAGAGUGCAAUUGACAGGGGAUUUAUUACUUACGAAAGCGACGGCUCUCAUACAGGUCUCGAUAAUUUCCUCUUUACACUGAGUGAUGGCAAACAUGACGGGUUCUUAAUAAACGGCACUCUUCAACUCAAGCAAGUUUUCUGCAGAAUAUACACGAAGCCUCUGGUCAAUGAUGCUCCAAAAUUAAUUACCAACCAACAUCCAGAAGUUUUAGAAGUGUUUGAAGAUGGUAGAUAUGGAUUUCACCUAAAUAAUAACGUUUUAAAGGCUGUAGACUCAGAUACAAUGAACACGAACUUGGUGUACGUUAUAGAGCAGAGGCCAAAACAUGGUCAUCUGGAGAACAGCGAAGCAAAGCGGUAUGUCAGGAGAAGGUUCACCCAGCGCGAUCUGGAUGAAAACGCACUACAGUUUAUUAUAGAUAUGAAAGACAAAGACACAAAUGACAGCUUCACAUUUAAGAUAGAAGACAGUCGUGGCAAUAGCUUAAACAAUCAAAGAAUUGAUUUUCACUGGUCAUUUAUUGAGCUUGACAAAGCUGGCCUCGUGGUGUGUGAAAACAUUGGGACUCUUCCAAUUACUUUGACACGCAUGGGCGACCUGAGCGGCGUGGCAUUUGUUGGAAUAGAAGCCCAGGACAGAACUACGAGAAUGAACGAUGACUACAGGCCUAGCUCUUCCAGACAGGUUCAGUUCGACCCGGGUGUGUCAUCUGUAACGUGGAAUAUUCAAGUUUUCGAUGAUGGUAUAGAAGAGAACACAGAGAACUUUGUUGUUUAUAUCAAUGAUCCAGUCAAUGCUAUACUGGGUAGAAAACGUAAAAUAAGGAUAAGGCUUAUUAAUGCUGAUGAUGGAGAAUGUCCACAGUACAUAGGAAUGAUCAGUAAGCACCAGCCAUCCAUUCCAGACUCAUUAUACUUACCAGGCAAUGCCAUAGAAAGUAAAACGGAAACAGUAAUUCUGGGUAACCAGUUCAAACGGCUAACACAGCAAAAGUCUCACCAUGAUAACACACUUCUUUCUGACCCUGCUGAAACUAGUGAGGUAGGUGCUAACAAACCGAAAACAGCUGAUAAUGAAGAAAACCCUACUAAUGUUCAGAAGAAAGAUAAAAAGAAGAGAAGAAAAAAGAGAAAAGAAAGGAAGGCCAGGAAGGACAGGAAGAAAAAAUCAAGAAAAGGAAGAAGAAAGAACAAGAAUAGGGAGGUUGAGGCAGAAAAGGAUAUUGCUGAGCCGGCAACUGGAAAUCUUGUAUCAGGACAACUGAUGCAGAAUGUUGAUAUAAAUGCACCACAAGAAUGUACAAGGACUACUGGAGGUUUAUUGUACUUUGAUCCGGGCACUCAACAAAUGUACAAAUGUAAUGGAGAUGCAUGGCAGGCAUGGAGCCCGGCUUCAAACCAAGAUCAACAACCGGAAACCAGGGAAUGCCAGCAAGGGUGGUCAAAGUAUGGAAAUCGCUGUUUUAAGUUUAUCAAUGAACGACUUACGUGGGAGGUAGCUGAGACACUGUGUCAGAUGUCAUACGGUGCCAAUCUAGCAACUGUACAGUCGCAAGACCAUCAAGAGUGGGUCUCAAAACUGGCGGGAAAGAAAGCAUAUUGGAUAGGGUUGAGCAGCAACGCAGACACUGGGAGGUGGAGUUAUAGCAACGGCGAAGCACUCUCCUUCUCUAAUUGGAAAAGUGGUGGUCAGCGAGUCAAACGAACGCUGUCGAGGAAAACUUGUGUAAUUGUUGACAAAAAGAGAAAAUGGCGAAAUAAAAUAUGUAGCAAACGGAAAGCAAGAUUUGUAUGUGAAAUUGACAUAGGAGCGGGUGACUUGAGCAGGUCUCCGCCAAAACGAGAUACAUCGAGGUCCCGCGAAAGGAGAAGAAGAAAGAAUAGAUUGAGAGACCGACAAAACGAUCAAAUACAUACCAGUUACCGAGAAAAAGAUUCUCGGAGGUACCCGAAGACUCACAGUAAAGAAAGAGGAUUUUUCUUUGGCGAAUAGUUUAGAAGUUGUAAAGUUAAAUAUUUGCAAUUGUGUUUUACUGAGGGCCUGAAGUGUUUUUCCUCGCUACCGAGUAAUAAAAUCGUAGAUAUACAGUGUUCAGAGCCGUCUGAAAACUUGAUACAACAGAAGUGGUGUGAAAUAAGUUUGGAGAUACAGACUUCAGAUGAAUUGUUUAUUUGCACAAAAUGGGAUUGAACUCAGCCUAAAGCUGUUAAGAGAGAGUAGUUUUGACUCGAAGAGUGUUUUUUCUGCAAUAUAGCGAACAAAAGUACGAAAUGAUUAUGGAAAACGUAUGUUAUUUCCGCUGAGAACACGUGUGCAUAUAAUAAAUGGAAUGUGAAUUAGCUUUAUUAGUAUUGCUAUUGUUAUAUGUAUAUAAUAUAUAGCUUCUGGUUUAAUAUACGUGAGAAAUUGCGAGUGAAAAUGGUUUGUUGUGUUUCCUAGUGUAAGUUUCAGAACUAAACUAUUAAACUAUUGGAUCAACCCGAUAUUUGUAGUAAAUUUAUAUUUGACUUGAGUAAUCAACUGGAUAUGAGCAUAAUACUUGUACAUGAGCAAUCUGGAUAUAAUAUUUUUAUGCGACUGUAUAUUUUUAAACUUUAUUUUACAAACUUGAGCGUAUGAAGUAUUGGUCUGAAUAAAGUUCAGCUGAUGCUUAUUUAUUCAGAAUUUUAUAUCGUUUUUAUCUUAGCAUUACAUAUGUUAAAAUUUUGUUAAUUGUGACGCACUGAUUGUCUGUUUAUUAAUUACAUUAUUGUUGUGUAUUAUGUGUUGGUGCAAUUCUAAAUCAAGUCUCUACAGUGGUUCUCUUAUCACUAAAAUAAAGACAGAAACGCUUUUCAGUUAAUAAGUUGUAAAAUGCAUUUUUAUACAUACUAAACUGCAAACUGUACAAAAUGAUGCGCAUAUUAUAAAUAAUAAAUCCCCAAAAUACGAAAAUUCAGAAUUUAUGUUACUUUGAUUAAGAUUAAACACAGAUACAUUUCGUAAAAGACAUAAAUAACAAAAUACAGCUUGCUAUGCAUUAUAUCAAAACGCCUUGAAAGUUAAACAUUUUCUUAAAAAGGUUGUUGUGAGCGGCUCCACCCAAAUCUUAUUAGAGCACCACCUGUGAGACAAUCAGUAUCAUAACUAACAUUGUAUAUUACAUGGAAAUAGUCCAAUAUGUGUAAUAAAAGUUGUUAAUGUGA